GUUUGUGGCAGUCUGCAGAGGGGAAAGCAGGCGGAAGAAGUGGAAGAAGUGCUCUGCUGCUGGACUAAACUCUCUUCACCUCUUCAACCAGGAGUUCUCUAUAGAGCCAACCUGGAUUCUUCAUUCCCUCUCCUGGCUUCUCCAGUGAGCUGCUCUGCUCAAUCUAUGCUGAGAUCUCCUUUUGAUCUCUGCACCUGUUGAAACUCGUCAGCCAGGUGAAGGGGAUUAUAUCUCUCUCAGCCAUAACUUUUUCAGCUGUCGAUCCAGGAGAGCUGUGGAUCUCGUUUAGUUAAAUUGCAGGACAAUUGGACUGCUCUCCCUCGCUCUUCCUCCCUCCCUCACUAUUUUCUUCUCUCUGUGUCCAGCCCUGCCUCAUGCUCUGAGUGAGUCUGUGUCUGGCUGUGGCUUGGAGCUCCAGAAGCUUCCUCACCGUAGAGAAGACAUGGAACACUAGAGUAGAAAACUGAGAGGUAGAAUUCUGGGGUUGAAUUCAGAUAUAGAACACUUUGGUAGAAUUUCUGAGUAGCGUUCUGAGCUGGAACUUUUGGCAAGAUUUUGGGAAAUCAGAGCUGGAAUACUUAAUCGGAACACUGAGCUGGAACUUUUCAGUGGAAUAUUGAGGUAGAAUCCUGAGGCAGGUAGAAUAAGGAGGAUGGGAGGUCAUACUGCAGUGGUGUGUUUGGUUCUGCUGGCCAUAUGCUGUGUGCUACUGCCCAGAGCAGGGGAGAGUGCAGGAGGUAUUGUCUCUUUAGGCCAGGCUAUAGAGGAGAGAGGGAUGGAGGCCCUAUAUGGAGAGGAGUCCCAGAAUGAACCAGCUAAAGAAGAGGAACUCACAGAGACACAAAGCCAAACUAGCAAGGAAAAGAGAGCCACAGAGGAGGAUGCCCUACCAGCCAGGGUCAGGAGAGCCGAAGAGGAGGGCAAAGGGAAUAAAAAGAAGGGCAAGAAAGACAAGAAAGACAAGAAGAACAAGGAGCCCAAAGUGCCCAAGGCCACCAAGAAGCCUAAAGCAGACAAAAAGCCAAAGAAGGGCAAAGGAAAGGAGCCACGGACAGAAGCACCUACAACAACUCCACCACCUACAACUACCACACUCCCACCCACAACUACCACACCACCACCUACAACUACCACAGAGGUGUACACAGAAGCAGCUCCCACAGAACCUGACCCAUACCCAGACUACCCCUACACAGACAACGAGGAGGACUACUGGAAGCCAGAUGAGGAGGAGCCCGGAGACCCAGUGGUCGACCCAGAAGAUGACUACUGGAAGGGAGAGAACCCAACGGACACGCCCCCCACUCUUGUGGUGGAUGGGAAGGUGGACAAGGGAGACGAGGACUACUGGGACGCCAGAUACGAGGUGCCCGAGAAUCUUCCUUUGCCUGAUGGUACAGAGGUCGUCCCCACAGAGAAAGAUGACUGGAGCUAUGCUGUUACAGAGGAGCUUGUUACACCACCACCCACCUAUGAAAGCCCAUGGUACGAGGAGUAUGACUACGGGCAUAGUGGUGGACAGACGAAAAAACAGGAGGAGAGAGAGAUUCAAAGGAGAGAAAAGGAGAGAGAUAUAGAGGUAUUGUGCACAGACUAUUUUCCAUUAUGAUCUGAAUGACAGUGA